CAGGCACAAGUCUGUCAGGCCGCCACCAGCCCUGGUCCAGCCGUCAGGGCCCAUCCGACCGUCAGCGAUGUUUUAUUUCCACUGCCCACCACAGCUAGAGGGCACUGCACCCUUUGGGAACCACUCUACUGGGGAUUUCGAUGAUGGGUUUCUUAGAAGAAAACAGCGCAGGAACCGGACUACCUUCACUCUUCAGCAGCUGGAAGCUCUGGAGGCAGUCUUUGCCCAAACACACUACCCAGAUGUCUUCACCAGAGAAGAGUUAGCCAUGAAAAUAAACCUCACAGAAGCCAGAGUGCAGGUUUGGUUCCAGAACAGAAGAGCCAAAUGGAGGAAGACAGAGAGAGGGGCCUCUGACCAGGAGCCAGGGGCUAAGGAACCCAUGGCAGAGGUGACACCACCACCAGUGAGGAACAUCAACUCUCCACCCCCAGGGGACCAGGCUCGGAGUAAGAAGGAGGCCCUGGAGGCCCAGCAGAGCCUGGGACGCACAGUGGGUCCUGCCGGGCCUUUUUUUCCCUCCUGCUUGCCAGGGACCCUACUGAACACAGCCACUUAUGCCCAGGCCCUGUCCCACGUGGCAUCUCUGAAAGGGGGCCCACUGUGCUCUUGCUGUGUCCCAGACCCUAUGGGGCUCUCCUUCCUCCCCACGUAUGGCUGCCAGAGUAACCGCACGGCCAGUGUGGCUGCCCUGCGCAUGAAGGCCCGCGAGCAUUCAGAAGCUGUCCUGCAGUCUGCCAACCUUCUGCCAUCCACCAGCAGCAGCCCGGGCCCUGCCUCCAAGCAGGUGCCUCCAGAAAGCAGCCAGGACAAGACCUCUCCAACCAAGGAACAGAGUGAGGGAGAGAAGAGCGUAUGA